AUGGUGAUGUCAUCUUGUGAUGUCAUGACAGGAGAGCUUUCUUAUUGGUUAAUGGUGGUUGAUGCCAUGAUGUAAGUACAAAAACGCUAUGUGAUUGGAUAACCAACGCUUGUGUAGCCCAGUGAUGUCAGACAAGAAAACUCUUGUUAUUGGAUCAUCCAUACUGUCAUGAUGUCCCGAAACAAAGGCUUCUUUUAUUGAGGAUAUUGGAUAGCCAACAACUGUGGCGUGAGCUAUUCACGUACAUUGUUUUUCUUUGGUGACAAAUAGUAAAAUCCUAAAUGUUACUGAACUGUUUUCUGCCAGGUGAUUUCGAGAUUUCGAAUGUGUGUUAUUUCGAAGGAUAGAGAUCUGUCUUCUGAGGUAUGGGUCCAACAAUUUCCGCAAUCCAUUUAAUAGUAGGUAGUCCAAAUGAAAGUUGAAGAAUCGGAGUCGAUCAUAUUAACCUCUACAUUUCUUCCGCAGAUUGAAGAACUUUUGAAGCUGAAAAGUCACUCUCGGUCAGCGCGAGUGGGUAACACACAAACAACGAAAAGUUGAAGGCAGCUGAUUUUAAUUUUUAACCGCACAUUAAACCACUCUUUGUCAGUGUAUGGUCUUUUAUCGCAUGUACUCAACACCCCGGAAAAUGCCGGAGUAUGUGUCGCUUUUUAUUACUUUUAAAAUAUUGAAAUAAGUAAGUAAGUUCAGCUUUUUAUCCCGAACACUCAGUUGUGUUUGCUAACGGCCUGCUGCGGCUAUUGGUAGUAGAGGAGAUAAAUACUUUGACUCUUUGUGCCAUUCAAUGUUCUUGCUUUGUCAUGUCACGCACUAAAUAUCAUGAGUGUGCAUUAGUAAACAAAGGUGGAUUUGAGGGCUUUUACGAGAGGUUUCCGUGUCAAACGCCGUUGUAAUUUCAGUUUGUUCCGCAAGUUUUACGGGAUAACAAUGUUUGUUUAAUCUCCGCGCAAGGAAAAUCUUGACAGGCCGAAUUACCUAGCACCCACCCGCUGGGAGAAAUUGUCAGACAGGCAGUAGCUGUACACAUGUGACUCUACACAUGGAGGUCAAAGGAAUCUUUUGGUCGUGCUUGGUAGUUCUUGUAGGUUAUUUCGGUUAUCACGAGCUUAAGUUUGUCACGGUUAAGAUCUUAGUGGAGAGGUUUAUUCCAGCUAAACGGUCGGAUGUCUUUCAUGUGUUAUUUGACAAGCCUGAAGUUACCGUGAAGUUUCAUCCACUUUGGUGAGUCAUUUCGACUGAUGUCCAAUUAUAAAAUCUUAAGUUAGCGGGAAGCACACGAAAAGGUUAUUCGAAUUAGGAAUUUUUGUUCUAAGGGAAAAACAUUAUUUCUAGUUACUAUCAGUGUUGUUGAGCGUAUAUGCAAAAUAAGCAAAUGGCUCACUCAUUUGUGUGCACCUUUAUGCUAUCGCCUAGACUACGAUUUUCUGUAGUCCGUCGAGCAAAACGCGAGACACGUAAAUGUCCACGCGCGUGACUGGUGGCGCGAGACGGGAGAGGAACGUGACUGAAUCUGAAGAAAAGGAGAGACUGCUCGCAGUCCAUGCUAUCGCCAAGAAUUGUGCAAUACAAGCACAGACUAGAGUGCAGUGUUAGUUGGUGCGUAAUGCACAUGAAAUACUGUAAAUACGAAAAUCGGACAUGCUAUUGUAUCCAAAAAGGGUUAGGGUUAGGGUUAGCUACUGAAUUAGCUUCUUUGCUUGCAAAAUAUUUUACCAGCUACCGUAAAUCCUCUAUUAAGCCCCUCGGGGGGCUUAUUUAUUUCCAACAACAACAACAACAAAAAUUCUAGGCAAUAUUAGUGUCCACAAUUAGCUUUUUAGCUAAAUACCUUGACACUUUAAUAAAGUUUAUGUAUGUGUGUAUGUAUGUAACAUCUUUCAAUGGCACCCAAUGGGUGUUUUCUUUGAAAUAUCUGUUUGGAGAAGCAAAAAUUGCCUAGAAUUUUCUAUAGCUUGACCGUUCCAUUUGUAUACAAUUUUCGAAGCUUAUCUAAUAAAUUCCCUACGAUUUUUUGAAGUUUAAUUUUUCCCAUUUCACCCACCAGGUUAAGCUAUUUUCGUAGAGAAAGGAAACCUAAAAUUUUCGGAACCGAAAAUGCGAUGCAGAGAGGAAUCACAGAAAAAAUAUCACUUUCGUAAAACUUAAAAUUGUAGCUGAAAUUUUCCGGAAAAUAAAGUGUGUUUUCAGUGCACUUAGGAGGAAACCGUCGUUGGGUGCCCCUGAUCAUUUAUUUAAACACCGUUGGUUUUUAAAGCUGAUAUAGCUUAUCGGGCUGUGUAACACAUUUCAGGGGUACCCAACGAUGGUUUUCCCCUAAAUGCAUUGAAAAGUCCUAAUUACGCUAUCCAGAGUACUUUUAGAUCUCUAGAAACGCAUUCAAAGUUGCGCUAUAAAAUUUGUAUCUGUUCGGUCAUCCUAGGCGAACUUGAGGCUUUUCGAAAAGUUAGCCUACCAUAAGGAGUUAAAUAUGAAAAAAUGAACUUCAGAAAAUCUUAGGAAAUUUUUUAGAUUUUCGAAAAUUAUACCUGAAUAGAACGCUUAUCUAGAAAUAAUUAGCCGUAUUCAAGCGAUAGAAAAUUCUAGGGAAUAUUAGCUUCUCCGAACGUACAGAUAUUUUACAGAAAACAGUCGUUGGGUGCCCCUGACAUUUGAGGGGGGUUUAAAAGAGACGGGGCACUUAUUUGAGAGGGGGGCUUAAUUUAGCUAAGACUAUGGUAUCAGUUCUCAGGGGCACCCUACGAGAACAUAGUUCAAAACCACUUACACAUAGCAUUGUUAAACGUAUUUUAGUAUCUAAACGGUAGAUAUAGGCAUAUUUUUAUACCCUAAACUACACUACGACUUAUCAGCGGUUAUUCACCAACAAAGGCUCUCCCUAUCCCCCUCGCUAUUAAAAAAAGUGAAAAAAAAUUAUUAAAUUUUUUCCCCUGAGGAUAGAGGAUUUGCGGUAUGUUCUAAGAAAAAUCUUGCUGCAGACGAUCCUGCACUGAGACCAGAUCAGAUCAGGCAAAGCCAGCGAGCUAGCCUUCAGGAAGGAAUAUGAGAAGCUCUUGCUCUUUUUCCUCCUCACCCCCUGAAAGCCUGCUCACUGGCUAGAUCGGGCACAAAUUCUUUACCGGAAUUUUGGGUGGACUGCCUCCUCCAAACUAAAUUAUUCACAACAUAUCUUUUUAUUUCAGCACUGACGUUAGCAAUAUUAUUAAAUCACAAGAUGAAGAUGGGCAUAGAACUGUCCAGUUAGACUACCAAGAAGCAGUUGUUUUCUUUGGAUUCUACAAGAAACAGAUUGGAUUUCAAAUAACUGCAACAGCACUGGUGGAAGACUCUGUUAUCCUGAACACAGCCAACCUGACAGGUGGUUAUUUUCAAAUAAACCAAAAAUGGGUUUUGUCUGAUUCUAAGGAUGGAGAAGAGGAUGGAACAUUCUUAGAGGAUCAUUUUACGUUCACGACUCCACGUAUUUUAUCAAGACUUGCUAAACCUCAAGCACAGGCUGCCCACACUGGUUUG